GAGCUACUCAUAUCUAUCGAAGGCAUGGAAGAUGACCACAUGGUCCGGCUACUGACCACCAGUGAAAUCUUAUGGAUCGAUGAACGCAAUACGCGGAGACCAUUACUAGGUAUUAAGCACGGGAGGGACCUCGACCGUACUCUGACUGCGCAUACAGGAUAUUUGCACAAUGCUCCCAUAACAUUCCUCACAUCUUUCCACAAUGGUCUCAUCUCCCUGUACGACGUUUCGCGCACCGACUCGAAUUUUAUACAGCAAACUCGACCUGCGUAUUCCCUACCAGCACUCCAAGCGACAGAUGGCCGCAAUCUUGGCCACGUCUUUUUCCAACAUUAUACUGACGCAAUCGGCUCCAAUAUCAGCGCAUUUCAACUGUCCGAGACCGGAGGCCUUCACAUGCUGGCCCUUCAAUUGGCCCUUGAUGAUGAUUGCGUCGAAGACCGGAUGACAGGACGACGUUCGACAAACAUAUUACCUGAGGAAUCACAGUCAUUAGUCAAUCAUUUCAAGCUCUCGAGCGCUGAAAAUGGUCCUUUGGCAGCGCGUGGUUACAGCGAGGUAGAUGUACGACCCAUAUACGAUAGGCUUUUCUGCGAUGAUUCUUCUGAGACGAAGGAGAACGGAGAUGCAGUUUACGACUUACUUGACAAGAUGCCUACAUUUUGGCAAGAUCUGGAUGUUCCCCUUGAGCACAUGGUCACGACAUACGACGUUGCUUACCGUUCUGGCGGUGAACCAGCUAAUGCCUCUAGGAAUGACGUCUUCACUGAAAACGUGCUCAAUUCCCGUCGCGGCUUCCGUGCAUUAGUGCAAGAUCGCAUUCCUGUCAAACCUGUCGCGCGCGGAGCUGCAUGGCACAUCAAUAUAUCGCCUUUCAUACGCCGCGAAGUUCCCGAUUUGGGUCAUGAGCACGAGGAGACAAUUGAACAUCUCCGCCAUUAUGACCUGGAUUCUGACGUUGAAAGACCAGGGCCGUCUUAUAGGAGGGAGUCCGAAGCCCGCGAACAGCUGGUACUCGAUCUCGCUCUAGCCUCGGACGUGUUUUCCCCCGUGCGUCCUCAAGCAGCCGCUGAUCCAGGUUUGGACGACGCUCUAGAGACAAUGUCUCGCGCCACCGAGGCCAUGUCGCUCAAAGACUCGGAGCCGCCGCCCGUCAAGUUUGGCUUUUUGCGUCCAAUCUCGAAGGGGUCUAUCGACUAUUACAUGGACUCUCGGAAACAAGACGCAGCACGCACAGACGGCCUCUGUCCGCCGGGCGUCCAUCUACUAUUGCAGGAGUGGGGAGUCGGUGCGGAUCCGUAUGCGUACAAUUAUGAAGAUCCAUACCAAGAUGGCGUCACAAAACUGAUGCCAGCCGGUGCCCACCACCCUAGGAGACGAUCGAUGGAUGACAUGCCUUCAGCGACGCAACCAUCAACGCAGCCCAGAAUGCCCCCUGCAGUAGUACCUGCCGCGGCGGUGAUGCCCCCUCCUAUCGAUGACGUAUUGGGAUCAAGUCAAGAUUUCCCGUCUCAACUGCCCAUGCCCAGCACGCAGGUCCUUCCCGGUCCUCAUGGCGGACGUCCAGGCCCCAUCAAGAAGAAAGCUGUCAAGAAGAGAGUCGGUGGAUUUUGA